AUGUCCACUCGUAAGACGAAGACAACUCGCUCUUCAGGACCUAUUAGAACUGAGGUCAGCUUCAGCACCACCUCCUCAUCGAAUGCUGGCGAUGAUUCCUUCUCGUCGCUUCUUGAAAACACCAGAACGCAAGAAAAAGAACAGCUCACAGGGCUCAACAGUCGUCUUGCCACUUAUAUUGAUAAAGUGCGUCAGUUAGAGGCCGAGAACAGCCGUCUCACCGUGCAGAUCAAGGACAUCGAAAUAAUCGAGAAGAAGGAAAGAAAUAACCUCGCUGAACGCUUUGAAGCCGAGCGU